AUGAAGAUGCAUUUCUGCAUCCCAGUGUCUCAGCAGCGGCCCGACGCGCUGGGGGGCCGCUACGUGCUGUACUCGGUGUACCUGGACGGGUUCCUGUUCUGCAAGGUGCGCUACAGCCAGCUGCAUCGCUGGAACGAACAGCUGAGGCGGGUGUUUGGAAAUUGCCUGCCACCCUUUCCACCAAAGUACUAUCUCGCAAUGACCGCGUCUAUGGCUGAUGAGAGAAGGGACCAGUUGGAACAGUAUUUGCAAAAUGUAACCAUGGACCCAAACAUGUUGAGAAGCGAUGUCUUCGUUGAUUUUUUGAAACUGGUGCAGCUGGACACAUUUAGCAUCACUACCAAGAAAGCGUCUCUGGAUAUAUUUCUGCCCGAUGGAAGGAGCAUUAAAGUCGAAAUUCUAACAUCAGAUACUGCCGAAAGAGUCCUAGAGGUGGUAUCACACAAAAUUGGACUGUGUCAGGAGCUGCUGGGAUACUUUGGACUAUUUCUCAUUCGGUCUUACAAAGAGGGCAAGCUGUCUGUCAUUAAAAAAUUGGUGGACUUUGAACUCCCUUAUGUUAGCCUUCACAGUUCUGAAGUGGAAAACUUCAAGCUUGGACUCAGGAAGUGGUACCUGGAUCCAUCCCUCGACGCCAGGCUGAUGGACUGCAGAGCAGCUGUAGAUUUGAUCUACAUGCAGGCAAUACAGGACAUUGAAAAAGAAUGGGCCAAACCCACAGAGGUGCAGAGGCAGAAAUUAGAGGCUCUCCAGAAAGAAGACAACCAAACUAAGUUUUUGGAGCUAUCCCAAGAGGUGUGGCACUAUGGAUACAUACAGCUGGAUCCCUGUACCUGUGACUACCCAGAACCCGGCUGUGGGACCGUUCUUUCUGUUGGCAAUAAUGAGAUCAGCUGCUGCAUAACCCUGCCUGAUAACCAGACCCAGGAUGUCAUUUUCCAGAUGAACAGAGUGAAGUGCUGGCAGGUCACUUUCCUUGGGACUCUGCUGGAUACAGAUGGGCCCCAGCAAACUCUCAACCAGAACUUAGAGCUCAGAUUUCAGUAUAGUGAGGAUAGUCACUGGCAGUGGUUUGUUAUUUACACCAAACAGGCUUUUUUGCUGAGUAGCUGCUUGAAAAAGAUGAUCUCAGAAAAGAUGGCAAAGCAAGCUGCAGAGAAUCCAGAAAUGCAGAUUGAAGUUCCAGAACAAGGCAAAAGUAAAAAACACCACAGUCAACAAAGCCAGAAAGACUAUUCUAGUUUUCUGCCAAGAAAAAGCAAGAUUAAGACAGCUGAAGUUGACUGUGGUUUGGGGACCAUAAAGGAAGAAGGUCUUUGA